UAGACUUGUCUAUUCGGACGGAUGCCCAGUCUAGCGAACGCUUCGGCUAAGGCAACUUAGAUAUAUUUGCGUUGAUAAGCUUUCAUACACGCGCGGGUUUAACGGUGCGUUGAGGCGUUUGUUAACGGAUAAUUGGCGACGCAAUCAGGUGUUCGUUAAAAAGGCGAUUGACAUUUAGACGCGCGCGGGCUAAGAUCGCCCAGUGGACCGAUAAAUUGUCGACGUUCAGUGAUUUUCCCUCAAGUGAUAUUUUGACGUUUGGAAAGUUUCCCGAGAGUGAAGAAGAUUUGAUAAGACGUGGUUGAGAUAGGGCUUUCGUUAAGUGAGCACUCUGGGAGCCACUUCAGAACCCGUCCCGACGCCGGGCGGGUUUUCACCUAUUCUGACAGCCGCCAAGACGCUCAGUCUAAGAGAUUCGUCGUGUGCAGAAGCCCUUUGGAAAAUGCCACAUAAAGAAAUGUGUGAUUACGCGAAGAGGAAUACCAUAUUAUAUAAUCAGAUGGCAAGAAGCCGCGAAGAAGCGCAUGAAGAGGAGCUCAUGCAUCAUGCCAUGAGCCAAAACACCAUCUUUGGAUGUUCAACCGCGGGUCACAGCGGCAUCAACCAACUGGGAGGAGUCUACGUUAACGGAAGACCUUUGCCAGAUAGCACCAGACAGAAGAUAGUUGAGCUAGCCCAUUCCGGAGCAAGACCCUGUGACAUAUCCAGGAUACUUCAGGUGUCCAAUGGAUGUGUCUCAAAAAUUCUUGGAAGUUUUUUUGUUGGUAGGUACUACGAGACUGGCAGUAUUAAACCCAGAGCGAUCGGUGGGUCCAAACCAAGAGUAGCAACGCAGCCUGUGGUAAACAAGAUUGCCGAUUUCAAGAGAGAGUGUCCAUCUAUUUUUGCUUGGGAAAUCAGGGACAGACUACUCAGUGAGGGAGUAUGCAACAACGACAAUAUCCCAAGUGUUUCGUCAAUAAAUAGAGUUCUCAGGAACUUGGCUUCCCAAAAAGAACAGCAAGCUUCCGCCCAAAACGAAUCUGUAUACGACAAGCUGAGAAUGUUCAAUAGCCAAGGACCACCUUGGACUUGGUACCCUGGAGGUCCACCAGCACCGCACUUGGGACUCCCACCAGCACCACCUUCUCUAGGUAGUCAAAUAUCAAGAGAAGAUAUCCACAAACGUGAUAUCAUGCACGAAAACACCUCUGAUGGAAAUUCAGAACACAAUUCCUCUGGGGACGAAGACUCUCAACUGAGGCUAAGGCUCAAGAGGAAGUUACAGAGAAACAGGACAUCAUUUACCAACGAGCAGAUAGAUAGUCUAGAAAAAGAAUUCGAGAGGACUCAUUAUCCAGACGUUUUCGCCAGGGAGCGGCUAGCUGAGAAAAUUGGAUUACCUGAGGCACGUAUCCAGGUAUGGUUUAGCAACAGAAGAGCGAAAUGGCGUAGGGAAGAGAAAUUACGAAAUCAGAGAAGAGCUCCUGAGCACGUGGGAGCGAUUACGACUCCUUCUUCAGGAAGACUUCCCAUCAAUUCUGGGUUUAAUUCGAUGUAUUCAUCGAUACCACAACCAAUCGCAACAAUGGCUGACACUUACAGUUCAAUGUCUUCUGGACUUACUAGUAGCUGUCUACAACAAAGAGACCCGACGGGAUACCCUUACAUGUUCCACGAUCCCUUGCAUACCUUAAGCUCAUCUUACAACUCGAGAUCUUGUAAUCCAGCAGUUGCACAUGCUCAACCCCCAAGUCACGCGAGCUAUCCUCCAGGAAGUACUCCCACAUCUGUACCUGUUUCAACAGGAACUGGCGUAAUAUCAGCAGGAGUGUCAGUACCAGUGCAAAUACCUAGUCAAACCGCUGACCUAACCUCCAACCUAGCAUCCAACUACUGGCCUAGGCUCCAGUGAUCUCAGCUAUUCGGGUUUCCUCCACCGGGCCUUCUCGUCCCCCAGGAUAACCCGACUCUGCAACAGUCCCCCAUGUCUCCCCUCGCUACUGUUGAUACACCACCGAACCACGAUUCUUAAGAAACCACAAAUCAUCCCAGACUAAAAAGUGGUAAGAAGAAGAAAAUUCAAGAACAUCUGUAGCAAAAGGAUGCGUGAGGUUAGGGGGACCCUGUUCCGCAAUUUAUAUAUUGAGAGCAAUUAUAAUAUAAAACUCAAAUACAUCGAAUCACGUCUUAAUUCCAAGAUGGUUUCUACCGGAUCGCAGGGUAAAAUUAAUGUAAAUAUUGUAAAUAAAAGAAUGAGGUUCUGAGAUCGAAUGACGUCAGCCAAUUCUUAGUAGAAAUUAAUUUUAAAUAGUGUAUAUUUUUCGGACUUGCCAUGAGAAAAUAUUUAUUCGAUACAUUACUUUCAACUCUGGGAUUCAUAUAAGAUGUAAAAUAUUGCCGUUUUGAAUCUAGAUAAGAAUUAUUGAUAAGUGUUCGAGUACUGCAAGAGAUUAUCUUGGUAGCAACUGAUAACAGUUGUAUCUUAGUCCAAGGCUGAUUGUAAACCAAAGAGUUCAACUUCAAAAGAAGAAAAAAUAGUGUCUGGUGUUUCUUUUUCUGUUGAUACCUAUAUACAAUAGAUAUUAUACUCACCAAAUACAAACGCACUGUAUGUUAAAUUUUCUGGACAUGUAUUAUAGUACCUUCCCCAAUCUAAGAUUUAUCUGAAAUAUAGCAAUAAAUGAUCGUACAACUGUACAUGUUUGAUGUUGAUUGGAAACAUUUGUAAAGAUUUAGCCCCUUUGCAAUGCUUCGAUCCGAAAUUUUUUAUAAUGUAUUAUAUAUAGCUGAUCGAGUAUAGAAUGCCAAGAAAUUAACAUAAUAUUAACAGAGUUUUCAUUUUAUCCGAAAAUGGAAGUACCUACCUACCUUCAAAACUGAUAAAUUUUCUGACACAAUUCAUAAAAUAAGCGCUUCUUUGAAUCAGGUACACUCUACGAAAUUUGUCAUAUGUAUAUUAUUAGGGUCAGUUCAGAUGGUCGCGCGUAAACGCGCGAUCCACAAACCGCGCGACUGAAGAUACAGAGGAGUCAUAUACAAAUGUUCAUAUAGUCGCGCGACAUCGCGCGUAUGACUCCUCUGUAUUUUUGGUUUUUGGAUCGCGCGUUUAUGCGCGAUCAUCUGAACUUAGCCUUAUGGAUAUAAAAAAAUGAAAAGUUUUCUGCUAAACUCAAUUUAAUUUCUUGGCAUUCUUUUUUGUGUUGUGUAUGAUGUAAAGUAAAUCAUUGUUGCUGUGAUUCAUUAGUAAUGUAUUAGUUAAGUUAGUUUCAUAUAGAAUAGUCCUCUGUGUAGAUGUAUAUUAUCAGUAUAUUGUGAAAUAAAAUGAUUAAAGAUGGAGAAGUUUUUUUAUUUCAAUAAAUCCUGGAAGUAUAUAUAUUGUUCAACUGGAUUGAAUAAAUGAAUUAUUUCUUUUUUUGACGGCUUCGUUAUAAUUAUUGAAGAAUAACAAAACAAAAACACAUAACCUAAUUUUA